GCACAAUUGUUUUUCGCUGGGGAGCGGAGAAGAACAAAAGAACACAAAACAUCAAUAAUUGAUUGAUCGAUCCGAGGAUCGGAUGUGUAACAGCUCCGAUCGGCCAUGAAAGGCGUCUUCUCGGCGCCCGGAGAUUACGUCUACUUCAAGUCUCAGGUCCCUCUCCACAAGAUCCCCAUUGGAACGAAGCAAUGGCGGUACUAUGACUAUGGCCCAAAGGCUGUUCCGCCACUCAUAUGCCUUCCUGGAAUCGCAGGGACAGCUGAUGUUUACUAUAAACAGAUUAUGUCUUUAUCUAUGAAGGGUUACCGCAUAAUUUCAGUUGAUAUUCCACGGGUUUGGAAUCAUCAGGAGUGGAUACAGGCAUUUGAAAAGUUCUUGGACACUAUCGAUGUUCAUCACGUGCAUCUCUAUGGUACAUCACUUGGAGGGUUUCUUGCACAGCUAUUUGCUCAUCACCGUCCAAGGCGGGUUAAAUCGUUGGUUCUAUCAAACACAUACAUGGAUACACGCACCUUUGCUGCUUCUAUGCCAUGGGCGCCCUUUGUUAGUUGGACCCCUUCUUUUAUGCUGAAACGAUACGUCUUAACAGGAAUUCGUGAUGGACCCCAUGAACCAUUUAUUGCUGACUCUGUUGACUUUGUCGUUUCUCAGGUUGAGACUUUGUCAAAAGAUGAUUUGGCGUCUCGCUUAACUUUGACAGCUGAUGCUGCUUCAGUUGGAUCUCUUCUACUCUCCGAUUCGUUUAUCACCAUAAUGGAUACAAACGAUUACUGUGCAAUCCCGCAAGAACUGAAGGAUGAACUAAGUGAGAGGUAUCCCGGAGCAAGAAGGGCUCACUUAAAGACUGGAGGAGAUUUCCCGUUUCUUUCACGACCUGAUGAAGUCAAUUUGCAUUUACAGCUACAUCUUAGACGGGUAGGAGUAGAACCCCGACCCGACUUGGUUAAAACAAUCUCAAAGGACGGUACAGAUGGCAGCCAGAGCGAGAAGAAGAAGAAGAACAGUGAGGAGGGAGACCAUAGCAACAGUCCUCCCAGCUCUGAGAAGAGCCCGUCAUCUUCAAGCCAACCACCUAUUCUUCCAGAAAGUUCUGGAAGCUCCGAUGACCCGCCGCUACCCACCGCCAUGGCAUUUGACCCCGUCGAUCUCAAAGGUAAAAGCUUUCAGUUCCCAAGUUCGUCAAUGGGGAACCUCGAGGCCAUAACAGCUUCCGGGAUCAUACUACUGCAGAUCUCUGGUGAGGUUUUUGCUCCAUACGUGGUUUUCACAUUGUGUUAUUGUACAUUUGUUCAUGGCUUUAUGUCCAGACAAUUGGUGUAGAAACCUUCAAACUCUUUUUGGUGUUCUUGUUCCCCCUUGUGUUUACCUUUAUGUAAGGUUAAAGCUGCAAGACAAAAGCAAGAGAGGUGUUGUGUUUUUUCCGUCUGUUC